CCUUCGGAAACAUGGCGGCGAUGUUGGUGUUGAUGAAGUGCGGCUCCCACGUUCAAACGAGAACUUUAACGCGGCUAAUUCGCCAAACGAGCUCCUAUCAUGUUUGGAAUAAAGGUCGCAUAGAAGACAGGACGAACCACAAACGACGAAGCACAUAUUUGUUAAAUUCUCCUCCGCACCCACGAACAGCCGCAUGGAGCCCAAACAGUCGUCAGAUUUUAGAGGCAACAAAACAUUUGCAGGUGACAGACACACGGACAUGUUGGCAUGGACAUGCAGGUGGAGGUCUAAACACAGAUCCAAAAAAUGUGGAGGUGAAUUCAGCCAAGAUUCUGUCAGCGAUGCUGUCUUACAUUUGGCCAAAGGAUAGACCAGACCUACGGGCCCGUGUUGCUCUCUCUCUGGGCCUUCUUGCUGGAGCAAAGCUAACCAAUGUGAUGGUGCCCUUCAUGUUUAAGUAUGCAGUAGACGAGCUUAACCAGAUGUCGGGGCACAUGCUGAACCUGAAUGACGCGCCAAGCACUGUGGCUACCAUGGCAACGGCUGUGCUGAUCGGCUAUGGUGCCUCACGGGCGUGUGCGGCAUUCUUCAACGAGCUGAGGAACACGGUGUUUGGCAAAGUGGCCCAGAGCUCCAUCCGACGCAUUGCCAAGAAUGUCUUCCUCCACUUGCACAAUCUGGAUCUGGGCUUCCAUCUCAGCCGCCAGACCGGGGCGUUGUCCAAGGCCAUCGACCGCGGCACACGGGGCAUUUCUUUUGUCCUCAGUGCUCUCGUCUUCAAUCUAGGACCCACAGUCUUUGAGAUGGGACUUGUCAGUGCUAUUUUGUAUUACAAGUGUGGUGGGCAGUUUGCAGCAGCGGCCUUGGGAACCUUAUCAGCAUAUACCAUUUUCACAAUUCUUAUCACUCAGUGGAGGACUCGCUUCCGUAUCGAGAUGAAUAAAGCAGACAAUGAAGCAGGCAAUGCAGCUAUUGACUCACUGCUCAACUAUGAGACUGUCAAGUACUUCAACAAUGAGAAGUAUGAAGCUGAAAGGUAUGAUGGAUACCUGAAGAUCUACGAGUCCUCCUCUUUAAAAACCACAUCAACUCUUGCCAUGCUCAACUUUGGACAAAGUGUUAUCUUCAGCGUCGGCCUCACCUCCAUCAUGUUACUGGCCAGCAAAGGCAUUGCAGCAGGUACCAUGACCAUCGGAGACCUGGUGAUGGUCAACGGCCUGCUCUUCCAGCUUUCGCUUCCUCUUAACUUCCUGGGGACGGUGUACAGAGAGACCAGACAGGCCCUCAUUGACAUGCACACUCUUUUCACCCUUCUCAGUGUAGACCCAAGGAUCAAGGAGAAGGAUCUUGCUCCACCAUUAACUAUCAUGCCGCAGGAGGCCACCAUCCGCUUUGAAGACGUUUAUUUCGAAUACCUAGAGGGCCAGAAAGUCUUAAAUGGAGUGUCAUUUGAAGUGCCUGCAGGAAAGAAGGUGGCUGUAGUCGGUGGCAGUGGUUCAGGUAAGAGCACCAUUGUGAGGCUGCUUUUCCGCUUCUACGAGCCCCAGCAGGGAAACAUCUACAUAGCUGGGCAGAACAUCCGAGACAUCAGCCUGGACAGCCUGAGGAAAGCUCUGGGGGUCGUGCCUCAGGAUGCCGUUCUGUUCCACAACACCAUCUUCUACAACCUGCAAUACGGGAACAUUAAUGCUACACCAGAGGAGGUGUACAAAGUGGCACGUUUAGCUGGCCUCCAUGAUGCUAUCCUCCGGAUGCCCCACGGCUAUGACACCCAGGUUGGAGAGCGGGGCCUCAAGCUGUCAGGAGGGGAGAAGCAACGUGUCGCCAUCGCCCGUGCAAUACUGAAGAAUCCACCCAUCCUGCUGUAUGACGAAGCAACAUCAUCCCUCGACUCCAUCACUGAAGAGCACAUCCUGAGUUCAAUGAAGAGGAUGGUGAUGGACAGGACAUCCGUCUUCAUCGCCCACAGGCUUUCCACCAUCGUAGAUGCAGAUGAGAUUUUAGUGCUCAAUCAGGGAAAAGUGGCGGAGCGAGGCAACCAUCACACCCUGCUCAACAUCCCGGGCAGCUUAUAUGCAGAACUGUGGAAUGCUCAGAACAGCAAAAUCCUCAACAACAGCAUGAACUCUAAAGAGCAGCCCACUGAGCGGCUGUCCCAGAAGGAGGAGGAGAGGAAGAAAUUGCAGGAGGAGAUCCUCAACAGUGUGAAGGGCUGUGGGAACUGCUCUUGUUGAGAAAAGCACCCAGCGCCAUGUUUCUUCCUCCCUCGCAGAUGGCCUAUGUUGGAAUCCCUGAUCUGUUUGACAGGGUGGGCUUACUUCCCCAUUAACCCACUCCAGCCAAACCCCCGUUUGUGUGACCACCCCUCCUCCUUUUCACGUGCUCAACCAAAAUCGAGGAGGAGCAGAACAGAGCAGGGAGCGAGUGCAGUUUGCACCGACUAAGCCAGAGACAGAGCAUACAAGCCCGUUGUCUCAGCUAAAGCAAAAUAUAAGAGACUUUUUAUCUCUUACAGGUAGAGCUGUCAAUCAUCAUUGUUGCCCCUCCCCUCUUUAUUUUUGAAAUCAGGUUUAUUAACAUCCUCAAUUUCACUGGAGACAUAUGACAACAUGCCUUGAUGUUGACACAUUUGUAUUGAUUUUUCUUUUUAAUUAUUCAUGAAAUAAACAGAACUUUUAGUUUGCGUUUUAUAUUAAAGGUGUGUACAUAUCAAUUUUUUUCGGCAUUAAGGAGAUCACAGGUAAAUACCAGGAUUAAAUGAGUUUUUGAAGCACAUUUUAACACUAUUUAUAAAGCAGAUACAGGGCAUCUAAGAGAUUUAGUCAUAAUGCCACUGUCCUGAAUAUUUGCUCUAAAAAUGUCAAAUCUGACAGAUAGUUGAAUUAAAGACACAAUUAAAUCAUAACAUUAACAUCAUAACAGUGUUUAGAUCUGUGGAAGAAACUGACAAAUGAAUUGCUCGUAUGAGAGUUGUGUACCACAAACGUAACGUAACAGGUAGAAGUUUAAAUAAAUCAGAAAUGGUUUGCACCAUAAUGGGUGGUAUUGUGUUUUUGUUUUGUUUUAAACCACCCUUGGCCGAUCCAUCUGACGCAAAGCGAUUUGAGGGGUUUUACCAGAUCAAAGACAGCUUAUUAGAUUGUAUGACCAAAAAUACAGAGUUUUCAUUCUGACGCUUACAAGUAAAUAUGUAAUACCUGACAGAACAUAUUUGUCCUGAUUUCUUUGGAGGAUUAUUGUGUCUCCGUUCUGCGCAUUUUCUUAGACAGUUUGCCACGCAGUUGUACCUAGAAAGGAAAUGGUAAUAUUUGGGUGUCUUGUACAACACGCAAUGUGAAACCUUUUGCAAAAUAUUCUGGGCUAUAUUGAUGUGUGACUUCACUUCUGAGAGAUUAAUAAAUGUUUUUUGAAUGAAAAAAUAAAAUCUUCAUCAUCCUUUUUUUUUUUUUUUUAGACCUGAAACCACA